AUGUCCUCAUUCGCCCCGCCUCCCGGCCCACCCCCGCCAACAGUGCCCGAGGGGUGGAAAGCCCAAUACGACGAGCGCUACCAGACAUGGUUCUACAUCAAUAUCGCAACGGGCAAGUCGCAGUGGGAACGCCCCGAAGCACCACCCCCCUCAGGACCCCCCGCGGGCCCUCCACCCAAUGAAUUACCCGCCGAGGCCGUCCCAAGCGAUAGAAAGCAGCCGAUGGCCUCGAACAAUCCCUUCAACCCCGCAAACAGCACCAAGGACAACGCCCCAUCCCACAGCCUCGACGACGACGCCCGACUAGCCGCUAAACUCCAAGCCGAGGAGGAGUCACGGGCCCGCGGCCAAGGGAGCGAUCGCGGCGCUGCCACAGACUACUACAGCGAUCCUUCCCCCAAGGCCAAGGCCCACCCAGCUACGCCGCGCAGCAAGGGCGGCUUCCUCAGCAAACUGAUGGGCAAGAGCUCCUCCGGCUCCUCGCGGCCCCCGCAGCAGCAAUAUGCAUCGUACCCACAACAAGGCCCGCCACCGGGAGGAUACUACGGUGGCUAUCCACCCCAGCAGCAGGGGUAUGGUUAUCCCCAACCUGGAUAUGGUGGUGGCUAUGGCGGGGGAUAUCCGCCGCAGGGUGGCUAUUACCCGCAACAGCCGCCGCGAAAGUCCGGAGGCAUGGGGACUGCGGGGGCGGCGGCAUUGGGUGUUGGAGGUGGAUUGUUGGGUGGGUUGUUGAUUGCUGAUGCGGUGGAGGAUAUGGGGGAUCAUGAUAACUAUGACAAUGGGGGUGGUGAUUGGGGUGAUGGUGGUGGUGGUGGUGAUUUUGGUGGAGGUGAUUUCUAA